CCGUUAUUCUGACGGUUGGUAUCGGUUCGACUGGAUUACUAAGAUUCCCCUCGUCCCCUCUGCCCUCCGGACACUCUCUGUUUGCCAUGGCCGAAGCCCGAGCUUCGCCGCCGCCUCCUCCUCCUCCUCCGUCCUCUCCUUCGUCCCCCAUGGCCCGUGCCGCCGCCUUCUCCUCGUCUCCGGAGCUCCCGGCGAUCUUGGCUGGGAGAAUCCGGAACCAGAGUCGGGGCCAAGCCGUGGAGCCGCCGCCCGUGGACCCGCUAGAGGAGGUCGAGAUGCAGAUCGACGAUGCAGCCUUUUCAUUAAUUAAACUUCUUGAAGCCACAUCUGCUGUUUCAGCUCAGGUGGAAGAACUUGCAUUCAAAUGUACCGAAAAUGCACGUUUCCUUAAAACAUGGAGAGGUCUUCUAAAAGAAGGCUACGAUUCCUUGAAACUUGACAGCCAAUGCAGCACAACUAACUAGAUGUUGAAAUAACUGCUUUAGGAAAUUGAAGAAAGAAUUGCUAUAUAUAUAUAAUGCUUGCACUUUUUCCCCACAUGAUAUUUGCACCUAUGGAUGUAUAAGACUUUCUUUCCAACAGUUCUGGAUAUCUACGACACUUUGUUUUGUAACUGAAUAUUAAGAUUUUACUUGUGUAUUUUUCCUAUUUUUUAAAAAGGA